AUGAGCUUUCCAAAUUUCGGUGAAGGCGGUGCACAGCCGCAGCAGGCUGGCGAGGAGCAAGGCCAGUUUCAUCAAGAACAGGGUCAGUUUCACCAGGAGCAAGGUCAAUUCCAGCACGAGCAAGGCGGCUUCGGUGGUCAAGGUGCUCCUCAGCAGCAGAACCCAAUGGGUCAGCAGAUGGACCCGAAUCAGCAACAGCAAGGCCAGUUCCCAGGCGCGCAGGGUGGUGCUCCGGGCGGUGGGCCAGGCGAGCCAGGUCCGGAUUCGAAGACUACGUUGUGGAUGGGCGAGCUUGAGCCAUGGAUCGACGAGAACUUCGUGCGCAGUGUGUGGUUCGGCAUGGGCUACCAGGUCAACGUCAAGAUGAUCCGCGACAAGUUCUCUGGCAGCAACGCAGGUUACUGCUUUGUCGACUUCGAGAACUCGGAUGCUGCGACCCGCGCACUCCAGCUUAAUGGGCAGAUGAUUCCGAACUCCAACCGCCAAUUCAAGCUCAACUGGGCAUCCGGUGGUGGCCUUGCCGAUCGCAGCCGCGAUGACCGCGGUCCCGAAUACUCGAUCUUCGUCGGCGAUCUGGGCCCGGAGGUCAACGAGUACGUCCUCAUGUCACUUUUCCAGAACAAAUUCAACUCCUGCAAAUCGGCCAAGAUAAUGUCCGACCCGAUCAGCGGUAUGUCGCGCGGCUACGGCUUCGUGCGCUUCUCCGACGAGACCGACCAGCAGAACGCUCUUCGCGAGAUGCAGGGUGUCUACUGUGGCAACAGGCCCAUGCGCAUCUCCACGGCCACUCCCAAGAACAAGGCUGGUGCUGGUGGUCCAGGCGGUCCAGGCGGUCCAGGCGGUCCAGGCGGUAUGGGUGGCGGCAUGCCGGGUCAGCAAGGCGGUCCAGGCAUGGGCAUGUAUAGCAUGGGUGCCCCACCUAUGGGCUACUACGGUGCGCCUCAGCCGAUGAAUCAGUUCACCGACCCCAACAAUACCACUGUCUUCGUGGGUGGUCUGUCCGGCUACGUUACCGAGGAUGAGCUCCGCUCGUUCUUCCAGGGCUUUGGCGAAAUCACCUACGUCAAGAUCCCGCCAGGCAAGGGCUGCGGCUUCGUACAGUUCGUCCACCGCCACGCUGCCGAGAUGGCCAUCAAUCAGAUGCAGGGCUACCCAAUUGGCAAUUCUCGUGUCCGUCUCAGUUGGGGUCGUAGCCAGAACAACUCCGGCCCUGCUGGCACCCCUUACCGCCCGGCUCCGCCUCCACCACCGAUCUACGGUCAGAUGGGCGGCAGCAUGCCUGGCAUGCCACCCCAGAACCCAUACGGCAACUUUGCCCCAAUGAAGUAA